GUAUUUUGUUUUCUGAGAAGGUAACAUAAGUCGAUCAAACUAUAAAUAUUUUAUCAUAAUAAAUAAAUACUGCUAAUAAAUACUACUAGUUUAAAUUGUUAUUGCAAACUAGUAUCCUCUGACGAAGAUGUCUUUGGUGGACUAUGAUGCAUCCUCUGACGAAGAAGAAGGCCUUCACCAACAACCCCAAGGAGAUAAGCAACUUACCAAAGCGGAGGAACCCCCCACCCUUUUGGAUCCAUCACCAACAAGAAAUGACAAUCCCCAUCUUCCUCCUCCGCAGCCGCAAAACCAGAGGACUACUUCGUCAUUAAAUAAAGAAGCAUUACACUUUUCUAGUUUAUCGGAGUCCUCCGAACUGAAACUCCCUGAUGCAUCACUUCUAUUUGAUUCACCCACGAUGCCAGGCCAUCUUGGACACAAUACUGACCAUUCUUCCCGAGUUGCAGCAGCCAUGGCUGAAAAUGCAACACGGAAGCGGGAUAUAAAUGUAUCAGUGUCCACUUAUCCACACAGUAAGAUUCCUAAAGGAAAUUUGCCUCAUAUGAAGAAUGUCCCUGAAACAGGAGGUGGUCUUCUGCUCCCACCUCAACUUAGCGGAAGGAGCAACAUUGUUACAGAAGACAUCAGCAAGCUAUUUCGGAAGAAGACCUCAUCUUAGUUGCACAAAGUGACAGAAAUUUCUGUUGACCCAACCGUAGUUUUAUUUCAGUAGAUUCUAGUAGACAUUAACAGAAUUAUUGUAAGAUAUUUGGUUGUAUUGACUGGGAUGGCUAUCUAUCAGCAUUUCUGGUUGAGUUUGAAGUGAUGGACUUCUUUUUGUA